UUGAUUGAUUGAUUGGUUGAUCAAUCGAAUCAAUCAUUCAUUCAUUUGCUUGCUAUCGAAAUAUUUGAUUGAAUCGAACGUAUUUUCUUUUCGGUCAUUCUGAUCAUCAACCAAUUAAUCAAGAAGAAAAAAAAUGUCCACAAUUGUUUCGAAUUUUGUCAACUAUUAUAAUGAUCUGAUAUAUUUGGUAUAUGAAAAACAUCGACAACGUAAAGAAGAUUAUCAAACAAAAUUACAAAUACGUCAACAAUUCUAUGAUAUUAUUGUCGAUAGUAAAUUAGAUGUUUCAUUCGAUCUAUAUAUGGUUGGUUCAACACAAACACAAUUUUCAUUACGAUCAAGUGAUAUGGAUCUUUGUAUGCUUGUCUAUGAUAAUAAUGGACAAAUUGAUCACAGAUAUCGUCAUGAUAAAGCCACAACAAUUGCAUUAUUGAAAUCAAUUAAAGAUAUUAUAUCGGAAAAAUUAUUGCUCAAAAAUGAAAUCAAUUUACUGAUGAAUGCAAAAGUGCCAAUAUUGAAAAUUGAAACUGAACAAAAUCGUAUUGCUGUCGAUCUAAAUAUUAAUGGUGAUAUAUCGAUACGCAAUACAUUUCUGUUGACAUAUUAUCAAGAAUUAGAUUAUCGUGUUGCGCCAUUAGUUGUGGCAAUAAAAUCGUGGGCACGUAAAAAUCGUAUCGAUUCACCAUUCUAUGGAAUGUUAUCUAGUUAUAGUCUUAGUUUAAUGGCCAUACAUUUUCUACAGAACAUUCAACCACCAAUUUUGCCAUUGAUGCGUGCAGAAUUAUCUGAUCAGAUACGUUUCGAUCGUAUUGUCAACACUGGUCAUCUAUUGGAACAUUUGAAUACAUUUAUAAUGGAAACAAAGAAAAAAUUUCAUAGCCACAAUAAUCAAUGGCCAUUAGGUGAAUUAUUCUAUCGUUUUAUUGAAUAUUAUCAUCACCGUUUUAGUUUUAAUCAUUAUAAUCAUUUUUCUAUACGUGAAUUAUUUUCAAAUCGAUUAUCAUCAAAUAAUUCAUCAUUCAUUAUGGUUGAAGAUCCAUUCCAUUAUCAUAAUACGGCAAGUUCGGUCACAAUAUCAUCAUAUAUAACAAUAAUGGAAGCAUUUCGUCGUACAUAUCAAUUAUUGAAUGCUUUCACAUUAUCUGAUCAAUUUUUUGAUUUAUAAAAAUUGAAAAAGUCGUUUGUGAAUGGCAAAAAAAUUGCAGCCAUACUGUAAUCUGUGUGUUUGCUGCUAAAUUAAUAAUUGAAAAAUAUGGUGUUAUCCAAUUAUAAUUUUAUUAAAUAAAUGAUUAAAAACUUUU